UUUUAACUACUUUAAACAUGCGAGGAUUUAGAGGAUUUCGAGGAUUUAGAAGUUCAAGAACAUAUAUUAAUUUGCAAGACGAUGCUGGUUUCACCGAUGCGCAGUUUCGAAAUCCUGCUAAUCCAAUUCCAUGGAAUUCCAUUAUUCUGGCUGCUGUAUUAUUCGUGUUAGGUUCUUUAGGAAUUAUUUUGGGUUCACUCAUUCUGACCGGAAUCAUUUCUAGUGAGGCUUGGCUUGAUAGAGGAAAACCUUUUAUAUUCCUUGGUUCUCUAUUAUUCAUACCUGGUUUUUAUCAUGUUCGGCUCGCUUAUUAUGCAUUCAAAGGUUAUGAAGGAUAUGAUUUCAAUCAAAUUCCUGACUGGGAUUAA